CUCUCCUCCCCAACUCCCUCUCUCCCCCCUCCUCCUCCCUCAAACCCUCUUCCUCUCCCUCUACCCCCCGCGCCAAUGGCGGCGCUUCCCAUCGCCCCUGUCCCCGCCGUCUACGUCGGUGACCUCCACCCCGAUGUCUCUGACUCCUCCCUUUUCGACUUCUUCUCUUCUCUUGGCCCUGUCGCCUCUGUCCGCGUCUGCCGUGACUCCGUCUCCGGUCGCUCCCUCGGCUAUGGCUACGUCAACUACAUUUCCCCCGAACAUGCUUCACGGGCGAUUGUGGACCUGAAUCACACUCUUUUGAAUGGAAAACCCUUAAGAAUCAUGUGGUCCCGUCGAGAUCCUGAUGCCAGGAACAGUGGGAUAGGAAAUUUAUUUGUUAAAAACCUCGCUGAAACUAUCGAUAAUGUGAAGCUUCAUCAGAUAUUUGCCCCAUUUGGAAAUGUUUUGUCUUGCAAAGUUGCAGCACACCAAGAUGGAAAGACUAAAUGUUAUGGAUUUGUUCAGUUUGACUCCCAAGAAUCAGCAAAUUUGUCUAUCAGUAAACUAAAUGGUUCCAUUGUUGAGGGCAAGGAGAUAUAUGUUGCGAACUUCAUCAAAAAGAGUGAACGUGUGUUUCCAAGUCCCGAUGCUAAAUAUACUAAUCUUUACAUGAAGAAUCUGGAUCAGGACAUAACAGAAGAACUUAUUGAAUUGAAAUUCUCUGAGUUUGGUAAAAUUGAUAAAGUAGCUAUUGCCAAAGAUGCUAAUGGAGAAUCAAAGGGGUUUGGGUUUGUCAGCUUUGAAAGCCCUGAUAGUGCCAAAAAGGCUAUGGAAUCUAUGAAUGGUGUUCAACUUGGUACCAAAACCCUAUAUGUGGCACGGGCUCAGAAGAAAGCAGAGCGACAAGAGUUCUUGAAGCGGUUAUAUGAGGAAAGACGGAAUGAGCAAAUUAAGAAAUAUAUGGCCUCAAAUGUAUAUGUUAAGAACAUUGCUGAUGAUAUUGAUGAUGCUAUUCUUGGAGAGCAUUUCAGUCUGUGUGGCACUAUAAUGUCUGCAAAGGUUAUGUGUGAUGAUAAAGGUUUAAGUAAAGGAUUUGGCUUCGUUUGUUUCAGUUCCCCAGAUGAAGCUAGCAAAGCUGUGAACACUCUGCAUGGAUGCAUGUUUCAUGGGAAGCCUUUAUAUGUUUCAAUUGCUCAAAGGAAAGAGGACAGGAAAGCUCAGUUGCAACUUCAGCAUGCUCAGCGUAUUGCAGGAUUAACUGGGUCACCUGCAGCAGUAAUACCAUCUGCGUAUCCCCCUGUUUACUACCCUCCAAUGUCUCCACGCCAAAGCCUUUAUUACCAGCCUUUUGGAGUUAGAUCUGGGUGGCGACCAAACAGUUUUCUUGCUCCAAGGCCAGCUUUCCAAUCUAUGCCACUCCCUGGUAUGCCAAACACUCCUAGGCAACACAGGCAAAAUAGAAGCAGGACAAAUGGUCAUGUGGUUUCCCAGUCUGGCCAGUCCCUCUCAUAUGCACUCCAGCAGCCAAGCCAUUCUCCAAACUUGUCAAAUGAUUCUGGUGGUCAGCAGCAGAGGCCUGGACAGAUGAAGUAUGUGCCUAAUGUUCGGCAGCGUGACUUGAGGAAUGGGUCGGUUCCGCCUGCUGCUUCUAACCCUCAAGGUACAGAAAUGCUCAGCAGUAUGCUUGCUGCUGCUUCUCCAGAGCAGCAAAAGCAGAUGCUUGGUGAUCGUCUCUACCCUUUGGUUAUGAAACAUAAGUUUGACCUGGCAGCUAAAAUCACUGGAAUGCUGCUGGAGAUGGACAACUCUGAAUUGUUACUGUUAUUGGAAUCACCAGAAGCAUUGGCAAUAAAGGUGCAAGAAGCAGUUGACGUGCUUGAGGCCUCUAAAUCUAAAUUAGGUGGAGGUCAAGAGAAUAUGCAACACUUCAGCUUGUCAGCUGAGGUUGCCGUCAAUUGAGGGAGGAAUUUUUUUUUUUUUUUUUCCUCGAAAAAAACAUUCUUUAGUUCUUGGACACAAAUUACCUUUGCUGCUGAGUCUUUUUCCCACUUCACAUAGCACUUCGCUAGGACAUCUGACAUAGCUGUUGCUUCGCAACCCUGAACUAUUUUUUUGAAACUGACAGUUUAGGGGCAAGUUUUUGUUUUUAAUUUUUGUUUGACUAGUUUAUAGGCCCUGUUUUUAUUGUUUUAUUUUUACUAAUUAAUGAUUUACUCACGGAACCAAUCAUUAGUCUGAAUUGGAGAUUAACCCUCAAACUAGAUCAUGAGAAUAUUUAUUAUUUGAA